AUGACUCUAUCAAAGCAACUUUCGGCUUAUCGUCAAGCAUUCAAAGAUGGUUCAUUUGUCGCAUGUCCUACAGUCGAUUUAACUGGUCUAUAUGGUCGUAUUACUAAAGGGAAUGUAUUCGAACACUUUCAACAACUGUCGGAUGAUACAUCAAAACGUUUAUCAUGGGUAUUCGAUUCAGAUACACUUCGUACACUUGUUGGUAUGCCAUCUAUGGAUAUUUUACAUUAUAUUGGAAAUACAGAUGAAUGGAUUCAACAACAAUUACGUAAGGGAAAAAAAUUUAAAUUAAUCGUAUUUGGUGGAGAAGAUGUUGUUAAACUGGCCACAUGGGAUAAUAUUGUAGAAUUGAUGAAACACGCGUAUCCGGAGAUAAAUGACUGUUUAUGGGAAAAAUAUAGAGAUGAAUUAAGUCAAUUAUCAUUCGAACAAAUUAAUUCAAUGAUGGUUAAAGAACAGGAUAUUGUUCAAAGUUAUUAUAAAGGUCGAGAUUAUAAACAUUAUAUAACCGUUGAAAGAUUCAAUGCUAUUCAAAAUCCAACGUUAGGUCAUUUACGAGCAUUAUUAUAUCAUCAUAUUGGUUUAAAUGAAUUAUUUACUGGUACUGGUUAUACAAUGCGACAUGAGGGAACAAUAACGGGAAAAGAAUAUUUGGUAACGAAUAAACCACUUAAAGAAUUAGAUGAAUAUUUGCUAUUAGACAUUGAUUUAACAUCAUCAGAACACGAUGAUAAAAGAGAUUUAUUGAAAUAA